CCCAUCGGAGGUCUCUCAGUUUCGGCGGUGCGUCGUUUGGUCUUUUUCCUGAGGUUAGGGCGAGGAAAACUUUUUCUAGGGUUUAACAGCGAUGGGGAAGGCGAAGAAAGGCCGCAAAUUCGCCGUCGUGAAGAAGCUCGUGAGCUCCAAAACCCUUCGAAAAUACAAGGAAGAGGUUCUAAACCCGAAGAAGAAAGAUCUCGAGAAAGACAAGCUUCCCCGGAACGUGCCGGCCGUUUCUUCAGCCCUGUUCUUCAAGUAUAAUACUGCACUUGGCCCGCCUUACAUGGUCAUCGUGGAUACUAACUUUAUCAACUUCUCCAUUCAGAAUAAGUUAGAUUUGGAGAAGGGAAUGAUGGACUGCCUCUAUGCAAAAUGUACUCCUUGUAUCACAGACUGUGUUAUGGCUGAGCUUGAAAAACUGGGACAGAAGUAUCGUGUAGCUCUAAGGAUUGCCAAGGACCCUAGGUUUGAGAGACUACCCUGCACACAUAAAGGAACUUAUGCUGAUGAUUGCAUUGUCGAAAGGGUCACUCAGCACAAGUGUUACAUUGUUGCAACCUGUGAUAGAGACUUGAAAAGAAGGAUACGCAAGAUUCCUGGAGUGCCUAUUAUGUACAUUACACAACAUAAGUAUUCAAUUGAGCGGCUGCCAGAAGCAACUAUUGGUGGAGCUCCAAGAAUUUGAUGACGAGUGCUUCGCAGCAUAUGGAACCACCACUAUUUUGUGUCAGAUGCCAGUCGCUGGUUAUUAGUUCCUUUGGUAUUUUUUUUCAAAAGCUUUUCCGGAGGGAAAAAAAUAGCAGAAGAAUGCUAAGUUGGCGUCUGGAUACUGUUGUCUUACUAAUGCAGCUAGCCAUUAUCAUGCCUGAAAUCUUAGUUGUUGAUAGUGUUUAGAUCUUUCGGAUGAUGCAUUGAUAUGAAGGAGGAAAUGGAAGAGUUCAUAAUUGGCACCUUUCUUUUGAUUAUAUGCUGUGUUCAAUCACUCCAAUGCAGUUGAAAAUUUUUACUUGAGAACUAUAUGAGUUAUAUGUGGAUUGUAAAGAAGAUAGGGUAUGCGAUUGUCUUGCAAUCUUUUAGUUUUUUUUAAAAAAAACACAUGUUUCAUGUACUGUUUAUUUAUGCAGUCUUGCAUUCUUUUUAUAUAAACUUUU